CUUUUUCAUCUUCUUCUCUGUCUCUCCCACACAGAACACAUCACCGCUCUUCCAGCUCCCAAGCGCUUGCCUGCUGGUCCAUUUGUGUGAUCCAGUGUCUGUAGCCCACAAAACGAAAGAAUCCGAACGCACCUUUUGUUGCUUCGACUGAAGGAAACCGGUUCCUCCGUAACUUCCCUCACAUUCGAACCGGCAUAAUGUCCGCCAAGAGCAUUUACGAGGCCGACGGCAAGGCCAUCCUCAACUACCACCUCACCCGGAGCCGCGUCUUCAGGCCCACCCCUCUCCCUCCUCCGACCAAGCACAACCCUCCCCCCAGACUAGCCGCUCUCAGGUUCCCCGAGGAUGCCGAUGUCAAUGAUGUCCUCGACCAGGCCGAGCUCACCUACCCUUGGCUUCUCCACCCCGGUGCCAAGUUCGUCGCGAAGCCCGACCAGCUGAUCAAGAGGCGAGGCAAGAGCGGUCUCCUGGCCCUUAACAAGACCUGGGCUGAGGCCAAGGCUUGGGUUGCUGAGCGAGCCGGAAAGCCCCAGAAGGUCGAGCAUGUUACCGGUGUUCUGCGCUCGUUCCUCGUCGAGCCUUUCGUCCCUCAUCCUCAGGAUACUGAGUACUACAUCAACAUCAUGAGCGUCCGUGAGGGCGACUGGAUCCUCUUCACACACGAAGGUGGUGUGGAUGUUGGCGAUGUCGAUGCCAAGGCCGAGAAGCUGCUCAUCCCCGUUGACCUCGAAGAGUACCCAUCCAACGAGGUGAUCGCCUCAACCCUGCUUAGCAAGGUGCCCAAGGGUCUGCACAACGUUCUCGUCGACUUCAUCAGCCGCCUGUACGCCGUCUAUGCGGAAUGCAACUUCACCUAUCUGGAGAUCAACCCGCUGGUUGUCAUCCCCAACGAGGACGCGACUUCGGCGUCUGUUCACUUCCUUGAUCUUGCUGCCAAGAUCGAUCAGACUGCCGACUUUGAGUGCGGUGUCAAGUGGGCCAUUGCCCGGUCACCGGGUGCAUUGGGCCUGACCAACAUCGCCCCUAGCGGGGAUGAGAAGGUCAACAUCGAUGCCGGCCCGCCCCUGGACUUCCCCGCCCCCUUUGGCCGUGAAAUGACGAAGGAGGAGGCCUAUAUCGCUGACCUCGAUGCCAAGACGGGUGCUUCGCUGAAGCUCACCGUCCUCAACGCUGAGGGCCGCAUCUGGACGCUGGUCGCUGGUGGUGGUGCCUCAGUUGUGUACGCCGAUGCCAUCGCCUCGGCUGGUUUCGCCGACGAGCUCGCCAACUAUGGCGAGUACUCGGGCGCCCCCACCGAAUCGCAGACCUACCACUACGCCCGCACCGUGCUCGACCUCAUGCUUCGCGCUCCCAUGUCCGACAAGGGCAAGGUUCUCUUCGUUGGUGGCGGUAUUGCCAACUUCACCAACGUUGCCAGCACUUUCAAGGGCGUCAUCCGCGCCCUACGGGAGUACGCCGUCACGCUGAACGAGCACAACGUCCAGAUCUGGGUCCGUCGUGCUGGUCCCAACUACCAGGAGGGUCUCAAGAACAUGAAGGCCGCCACUCAGGAGCUUGGUCUGAACGCGAAGAUCUUCGGCCCCGAGAUGCACGUAUCCGGCAUUGUGCCCCUGGCUCUGGUCCCUGGCAGGUGGGAGGAGAGCGGAGCGCAAGAAUUCCAGGGUUAAGGAAAAGUCGUUAUAGUAUGUAGUCUGGGUAUCCGGUAGUAGAUAGACCCUGCAGAUCCUGCAGGCACGUGAGGUUGCCUUUGCCUGUCAUUGGAAUGGGACAGCAGAGUUGAGGGGUCUCCUUUGUUGGAGGAACUUGCACGCGCAUCAUCCCGCGAGGGGCUUGGGUCCAACGUAUUUCCGGGCUGGAUAGAAAGGCCUAGAUGAACUUUUUUUGCUGCCAUGUAUAGGUGCGUGUGGUCUCGGAGGCAUCGGGUUGAGGGUUAGACGGGCACAUAGCGAACGCUUUGUAAUGUGAUAUUCUCCAUGUUCUUCCUAA